UCGGCUGAACUGUCGCUGCGCUAGCAAAUCCAUCGCUGCCAGUUCUUGUCAUGAUCCGAGAGCAACAGCGCCGUUUUCAGUGGGAUAAAAGACAACACAGCCAUAAUCUGAUGUCAGAAAUGUGUGUGUUUGAUCGAUCACACUUACAGUAGGUGCACUUUAGCCACAACAAGUGAACUUAUAAGUGUUUGCCCAAUACCCCCAGUCGGCAAGAAUAGCCUCCACAUUUCACCACAUCGAUGUUGACUGCGCCAGGCUUCGCUCGGGAUCCAGAGCUACAAACACCGACAGGCUUUUGUUCUUCAUCCUCCAAGAUCCGGCGAAACUCUGGCAGCUUGACCCGAAAGCGUCGUAUGUUUUUAUGCUCAUCUCUCUUUCGGCUCUAAGUAUUGUUUUCGGAAUAAAAUGGCUGCUGUAACGCUUUCUGGAGGAGAAUGGUCUUGAAUCAAUGCAGUAACAGUACCAAGCUAACGCCAAUGGGCAAAAAGCUAAGCAUGCUAACGAUAUAUUUAUUACAGUUUUACAGUUUCCAGUAAGACAAGCUAGACAACAGCUUCAACCAAUGUUCUGAUUUUUCUGAUGGUUCUUCCAGUGAGAGGUAGGGGUGAAGGGGAUUCCACCCACUCAAGAAAUCUAUGCACUCGGUUCAUCACGAUUUUUUAGCCAUUUCUUGAAGCUUUAUGUUUAAAGUUGGCUUCGUGGAGCUCAUAUCGAAGAAUGCACGUCACUCCAGGAAUAUGCAGGACUUCUUUUUAAAACAGUCUGAGUAGCCAAGGCUCUCCCCAAAUCAGACUGCAAGGCCUCGGGCUCUCUCUCCCUCGGUAAAGAUGGACCCCGGGGGAAUAUGCAAGAGAACUCCCUUAUUUCUUGGACCCAAACUAACCACCAGAACGGACUGUCGAAGCAUCAACAGAUACUUGGUGGUGUACGUUUUGUUUUACUUUGUCGUUUUCACACACGCAUCUCCUGCGAAAUCCUGUGACAAAACCUGUCUCUCUGGGAAGUGUAUCAAUGGAUCGUGCGUCUGUGACAGAGGAUGGGUUGGGGACCAGUGUCAGCACUGCCAAGGAAGGUUCAAGUUGACUGAGCCUUCAGGGUACCUCACAGAUGGUCCAAUCAACUACAAAUACAAAACGAAAUGCACAUGGCUUAUCGAGGGCUAUCCAAAUGCAGUCCUUCGGUUGCGUUUUAACCACUUUGCCACAGAAUGUAGUUGGGACCACAUGUAUAUCUAUGAUGGGGAUUCUAUAUACGCUCCUCUGGUGGCUGUCUUCAGUGGCCUUAUUGUACCGGAGGUCCGAGGAAAUGAAACGGUUCCUGAGGUUGAGACGACUUCGGGCUAUGCACUACUACACUUUUUUAGCGACGCUGCAUACAACCUCACAGGAUUUGAAAUAUUUUACUCUAUCAAUUCUUGUCCCAACAACUGCUCGGGCCAUGGGAAGUGCACCACGGGGAACUCCAUAGCCAGCCGAGUGUACUGUGAAUGUGACAAGUACUGGAAAGGAGAGGCCUGUGACAUCCCCUACUGUAGGAACAACUGCGGCAGCCCUGACCACGGCUACUGUGACCUCACAGGGGAGAAGCUGUGUGUGUGCAAUGACAGCUGGCAAGGCCCAGACUGCUCCCUGACCGUCCCGUCCACAGAGUCCUUCUGGAUCCUCCCCAGUGUCAAACCCUUCGGCACAUCUCUGGCCCGAGCCUCCCAUAAGGCCGUGGUCCAGGAGAAGGUCAUGUGGGUCGUGGGUGGAUACACCUUCAACUACAGCUCCUUUCAGAUGAUUCUAAACUACAACCUGGAGAGCGGCGUUUGGAACACGGUGCCCAUCAACAGUGGCCCUCUGCCAAGAUACGGCCACUCACUCGCUGCCUACCAGGACGAGAUCUACAUGUACGGGGGCAAGCUGGAGGCGGGCUCUGGGAACGUGACAGACGAGCUGUGGGUGUUCAACACAGUGAGUCGGACGUGGCAGAAGAGGACCCCCCUGCUUGCCGUCCCGGGGCAGAGUCAGAUGUACGCUGUGGAAGGGCACUCUGCACACUGCAUCCUGUUGGAGGGGGGCGAGCUCGUCAUGCUGGUCAUCUUCGGCUACUCCCCCGUUUAUAGCUACAUCAGCAACGUCCAGGAGUACCAUCUGAAAUCCAACACGUGGGUGGUACCAGAGACCAAAGGUGCCAUUCCACAGGGAGGUUAUGGACAUAGCAGCACUCUGGACAGCACCAGCCGCAGUGUGUACGUCCACGGAGGAUACAAAGCUCUACCUGCCAACAAAUACGGCCUUGUGGAUGACCUCUACCGCUACGACGUCAACACAAGGACAUGGUUCAUCUUGAAGGAGAGUGGCUUCCCGCGGUACCUGCAUUCAGCCGUGCUCCUCAGUGGCACCCUGCUCGUCUUUGGGGGCAACACGCAUAAUGACACAUCGCUUAGCAACGGGGCCAAAUGCUUCUCUGCUGACUUCCUUGCCUAUGACAUUGCUUGUGAUGAGUGGAAGCUUCUGCCAAAGCCAGACUUACACAGAGAUGUUAAUCGUUUUGGCCAUUCUGCAGUGGUCAGCAACGGGUCCAUGUAUGUGUUUGGGGGCUUCUCCAGUGUUCUGCUGAAUGACGUGUUGGUGUACAGGCCUCCCAGCUGUCAGGCUUUCUCCUCAGAGCAGAGCUGUGUGAGGGCGGGUCCUGGGGUCCGCUGCCUCUGGAGCAAGGGCCACUGUUUCCCCUGGAGACCAAGCAUGUCCAACGGCAGCCUUACACCAGCUCCUUUCUGCCCACCCAAACCUGUAACGGUGGAUGAGAGAUGCUACCGGUUCUCUGACUGUGCGAGCUGUACUGCUAAUACCAACGGCUGCCAGUGGUGUGAUGACAAAAAAUGCAUCUCUGCCUCCAGCAACUGCACUUCUAGUGUAAAGAACUUCACCCAGUGUCCAGUGCGUAACGAACAGGUUUGCAGUAAACUGGCCAACUGCAAGAGCUGUUCCCUUAAUCUCAACUGUCAGUGGGACCAAAAUCAGUCCGAAUGCCACGCUAUGCCAGCCCAGCAGUGCAGUGAGGGCUGGAACCAGGUGGGGGAGGCCUGCCUGAGGAUCAAUUCAAGCCGAGAAAGUUAUGACAACGCUCAGCACUACUGCAAAAACCUCAACGGCAACAUCGCUUCUCUCACCACCUCCAAGCAAGUGGACUUUGUGCUGGAAGAGCUCAAGAAACUCCAGCAGCAAGAGAAGCGACUGUCUCCAUGGGUUGGCCUAAGGAAAAUCAAUGUCUCAUAUUGGGGCUGGGAGGACAUGUCUCCCUUCACCAACACUAGUCUGCGUUGGUUGCCUGGGGAACCAAGUGACUCUGGAUUCUGUGCCUAUUUAGAAGAGCCUCAGGUAUCGGGACUGAGGGCGAAUCCAUGCACCGCCACUGCACAUGGGCUGAUCUGUGAAAAGGCAGCGGGUAACCCCAAUCAGAGCUCCCGUCCUUCAUGUAAAAAGCCCUGCUCGCUCCAUACCAACUGUGCCAACUGCACCAACCAGGCCAUGGAGUGCAUGUGGUGCAGCAGUACGCAACGCUGCGUGGACUCCACGGCCUACGUCAUCUCCUUCCCGUACGGCCAGUGUCUGGAGUGGCAGACAGGAGAUUGUGUGGCCCAAAACUGUUCUGGCUUCCGCACGUGCUCCCAGUGCUUGGAGCAGCCAGAGUGUGGCUGGUGUGGGGACCCCAGCAGCACGGGGAAAGGCCUUUGUAUGGAGGGCUCCUAUAGGGGUCCUAUGAAGAAGCCAUCCAAGCAGGGCCAGCAGGGACAGACCACUGACAUGAUCCUGGAGCCCGGCAUCUGUCCUAAAGACAAGGGCUUUGAGUGGGCAUUCAUCCACUGUCCCGCCUGCCAGUGUAAUGGCCACAGCACCUGUGUGAAUGGGAGCGUGUGCGAGCAGUGCCGGAACCUCACCACAGGCCCCCACUGCCAGACCUGCAUGCCCGGUUUCCAUGGAGACCCCACCAACGGCGGCAAGUGCCAAGCGUGCAAGUGCAAUGGCCAUGCAAAUGUGUGCCAGGUGUUAACUGGCAAGUGCUUCUGUACCACCAAAGGGAUCAAAGGAGACCAGUGCCAGCUAUGUGACUCAGAAAACCGUUACCUUGGCAAUCCACUCCGAGGGACCUGCUACUAUAAUCUUCUUAUCGAUUACCAGUUUACCUUUAGUCUCAUCCAAGAAGAUGACAAUCACUACACUGCCAUCAACUUCAUGGCCUCCCCAGAACAGGCCAACAAGAAUUUGGACAUGUCCAUCAACGCAUCUAAUAACUUCAACCUCAACAUCACCUGGUCUGUGGGAUCAACAGCUGGCACCAUCUCUGGGGAGGAGGUGCCCAUCGUGUCUAAAACCAACAUCAAGGAAUACCGUGACAGUUUUUCCUGCGAGAAGUUCACAUUUAGAAGUAAUCCCAACAUUACCUUCUAUGUGUACGUCAGCAACUUCUCCUGGCCCAUCAAGAUCCAGAUCGCCUUUUCUCAACACAACAGCAUCAUGGACCUGGUGCAGUUCUUUGUGACAUUUUUUAGCUGCUUCCUGUCCCUUCUCUUGGUGGCUGCUGUGGUUUGGAAAAUCAAACAGACUUGCUGGGCUUCUCGACGGAGAGAGCAACUGAUGAGGGAGCGUCAGCAGAUGGCCAGUCGUCCUUUUGCCUCUGUGGCGGUUGCACUCGACGCUCGGGGAGAAGAGACGGAGCUGCUGCAGCCUGUGCUGGAGGGCGUGCCAAAGCCGGUAGCUGUAGAGCCAUGUUCGGGAGGCAAAGCUGCAGUGUUAACCGUGCUGAUGCGUCUGCCCUCUGGACCCACAGGACUACCUCCACCGGGCCAAUCAGGCUUCAUCGUGGCAAGUGCACUAAUAGAUGUCUCCCAGCAGAAAGCAUCAGAUUUUAAGGACAAAUCUCAGGCUUUAAAAAACAGGAAAGCCCUCGCCCCGACACAUCAAGGCACCUGCGUCUGAGUGCCCAAAGUACACAUCUAGAGGGCGCUGUUUUAAGCCCUGUUUGAACCUGUUACGGACUGCCUGGAGGCCUUUUCUAUAGACAUGUACAGUACUUUCAUUUUGGCUGCUAACACUCAACCAAAACCUUACCUAAGUUUCACAAGCUCACUGUCUCAUACGCCAUUUCAUGCUCUCAUAAACUUAGCCACAGAAAUCUUUGAAAUCAGCAGCUUCUUUACCAACCCCACCCUUCAUUCUUUUGGGGCGGCCAUCAUGAAAAAUCUUCAUAAAUGCAUGAGGAGGAACUUUUAUCACCAAUUUAGGCCUUGUCUACACCUAUGAGGCUAUUUUUGAAAACAUCACAUUUUGGAAGUACGUUACUCACAGAAAAUGCACUUUGAAGAACAAAUUAAAAGUUAAUUAAUGUUUGUAGUCUAAUAAUAAUAAUAAUAAUAAUAAUGCUAUUCGAGAAGUUCGGCCCAAGUGUCUCAGUUCUCAGUAAUGUCUGAAUGUUUUAGUUAGUGUGGACAGCAUAACUAUAAGAAUACAUGCUAUUGUUAUUACAACAUGAAGGGAACAGAAAAUGCUGUCAAUCAAUCUAAAAAUCAUGAUUUAAAAAAUGUCCCUUCAUAGUGCUUUAAAUGUCCCUGGUCAUUCAAAAUGGCUGGUAGAUAGUUCUCGUAGGUUUAUUUUCCGUUUGCUUGCCAUGGACUGGGUUUCAGUGGUGCUAAAAUAUUGAAUUGAUUUUCGCUGUUUAAAUAUUCUGCCUUUUUGAAGAGGUAGUCACAGUAUUAGACUUGCACCCAAUGUUUAUAGUAGUAUUCUCUAACCAGCGCUGCCAACUCAACAAAGCCUUUCAUGUUUCUACCAUCCGCCCAGCAGAAGUCUGUAUUUUCUUCAGAAGAGAAGAUAUGGAUGAGACCAGCGAAAUUAAACGGCAAAAUCACGAAGAGGGCAAAAGUGGAAGUUGCUAUUCAAAAGGACGUUAAAAUCCUGGUAUAACCCCAUUGUAAUGUUCUUAUUUUGAAGACUUUAUUAACGUCAUGCUCCAAUUGCUGUUUACUGAUUUGUUUUGUACAUUUUUUAUUAGUCCUUCGAAAGGUUAAAAUGUCCCUGUUUAUAAUAAUGCCUUGGCUUCUUCUCAUGAACUUUGAACUCUAAUGGAAGGAAAGGGGCGGGGCCAUUUUUGUAAGCGGACUGCCCCGAUGCUGUACAGUGUCUUGUUGAACAAAUGUGAGUCUUUUGUCACUCGGAUCUCUUGAGAUAUUACGUGUUUGUCAAGUUUUUAUGACAGAUUGGCGCGAGAGAAGACGAUUGAUUUUAGGCCUUGUCACCUGUUACUAUUAUUAUCUAUAAAAAUUGUAAGUCUUUUUGCUACACUUGUGAAAAAGCAUUUUGUGUUAAUAUUUUUGUUUUGAUAUUUAAUGGAUUCCUGUGUAAUUCACUUGACUUCAGAUCAUUUUACAUAUUUUUGAAUUGUGCAUCCUUACGGGCAUUGUCUUACUAUGAUUUGUUGUUGAGAAGUGGUUUCGGAGGAUAUUAUGCCAGCUAAUGUGUUUUUUAUUUUGUCUCUGGAGUAAUCCUAUUUGAAGUGUCAUUACACAGGAAUCAGGAGCUCACUGUAACAUGAAAAAAGAGGCAUAUCGGUAAUCUUCAGUGUAUUUUAUGGGCGACGUGCCAGAAAAUAAAACAGAACUGGAAAUGAAUGGACCAC